AUGGCAAAAACAAGAAGACAAAAACUCGAGGAAUAUCUUUCAAGAAGAAAAGCCUUUUCUGUCUUAAAGUUACAAGAAAAGCAGAUAACCAGCAAUACUACUUGUAAUAAAAAAUUAUCUGGAGACCCAGUCCAAAAGGUGCCAAAAGCUCUGAAUCUUACCACUACCAAAAUGGAUGAUAAAGAAAAUGCUAAUCGGCCCAUAUGGAGAAAAAAUAUUACAACAGUAGAAAGAAAUGGCAUUCCUUUAAAAUCGACAAAUUCAGCUGUAGAUAUUGAUGUAUGUCAUCCUGAGAACUGUGAUCAGACUAUAAAAAUACCAAGUGAAGAUGACCCUAAAAUUCGUUGUGUGUCACUUAGCCAAAACUUUCGCCUUAAAAAAAAUAGUAAGGAGAAACAACUAGUUGCAGAGAAGUUGAAGCAAGAUGCUACCUUGCCAAAGAAACCAGUCCUUGGCUCUUAUCGUGGUAAAGUUGUCCAAUCUAAAGUUAACUCUUUUCGAAAGCCAUCAGCGGUUACUGAUGAAAAUUCUUUGACAAGUAAGACGACUUCAACUACUGUUCCUCGAACAAGGCCUCAGACUGUAAGCAGCACCAAUGUAGCCGUGAAAGGUGGUAAAACAACAUCUCUUACUGUUUCCACUAAAUCUCAUGGUACUGCUUCUUCCCAGAACAAAACUGCCUUCCAGCCCUCCAGGAAAAAUCAGGUUGAUGCUAUCCAGAACAAGGAGAAAGAAGCCACUGUUAGAACCUCUGUCAAUGUUACUAUCCGAAGAGAGCCUCAUAAAAAGAAGUUACCUUUUUCAAAUCCGUAACCAAAUGUCAGGACAAACCCUAUUUCUGGUAUAAAAGAAAAUGAAGCACUAUCAAAAUUUAGGACAUCUAUGGCUGCAACUAUUUGUGGUUUCUGAAUCCAACCUGCUUCAACUUUCAGUAGCAAAUUCAGAGAGGAUUCCAAAACUGUUCUUAAGAGAAGAUACACUUUAGCAAAAGCACCUAUCAAUACAGGAAAAACUGCACUAACCAAAGAAUCAGCAGAAGAGAGAAGAGCUCGUCUGGUUGAGUGGCAAAAUGACAAAAGAAGAAAAUUAAAAAGACCACUUACAUCUGGUUUAUCUGCUCCACCUAAGAUGGAAUCAAAAGAAAAACCAGUUGAGUCUUUCUGGACCACCAUUGCAGAAGAAGAUGAGCAAAGAUUAUUCACUGAUAAAGUUAACAAAAUAUUUUCUGAGUACUUGAACUUAAUUAAUAAGGGAUGUCCAAGGGAAGAAGUACUUUUAACACUGGAGGAGCUCAUUGUAAAAAUUCCAGAUGCCAAGAAACUUGUUAAGUAUUGGGUAUGCCUUGCACGCCUUGAACCAAUUACAAGCCCGCUUGAAAAUAUCAUUGCAAUAUAUGAAAAAGCCAUUCUUGCAGGGGCUCAGCCUAUGGAAGAAAUGCGACACACAUUUGCGGAUAUUCUAACAAUGAAGAGUCAAGCAACGGCUAAUUCUGGAGAAAAUGCUGAUGAGGUUUGUUCAGCUAAUGAAGAAGUCAACAAAGUAUGUGAUGAAGAUAAUCAGGAGAAAAUUGAUGUAGAUGGGGCAUCAGCAGUGGAAAGUUCAGAAUCAAAUGAUACAGAUCAUAAAACAAGGAAUGUAAAACUUCAAGCAUUUGAAGGAGAGCAAGAGGAUAAAGCAGAAGAUUCAAACAGUGAUUUAGAGACUCCUGAAAAAGAAACCACGGGAUCUUAUGUCAUUAAAUAUAAUGUGUCAACUACUCCAUACCUGCAAAGUGUGAAAAAGAAGAUGAAUUUUGAUGAAAAUAGUUCUUCAUUUAAGGAUUUGAAGUUUCUGACACCAGUGAGGCGUUCUCGACGUCUUCAGGAGAAGAUUUGUAAAUUACCAGAUAUGUUAAAAGACCAUUAUCCCUGUGUUUCUUCAUUGGAACAGUUAGCAGAGCUGGGAAGUGAAACAAGUGCUUAUAUAUGCCGUCCAAACACGGCACUAUGUGCAACUCCCCUUGAAGAAGAAGCAGAAGCAAAAGAAACAGAAAAGAAAUGAAACUUUAACAAGGAAAGAAAUAUGUUUAAAAACUCUUAUCAACUCAAGUCUGUUUUUGUUUCAGGUUUCACAUUUCCCACAGAUGUGUUGAUUAUUACUUAGAUUUUCCUAAGUUAUUACUACAAUGCAAAUAUAAUUGAUAAGGUACUUAUAUAGUAGAAUUGACUUUUAUUAAUUAGUAAAGAUUUUAGCCCUUACUCUCAAAAAGUAACAAGUUAAGGACUCUACUUUUUUUUUUGAGAUUGGUGGACUGUCUUUGAAACAAGACUAUUGUAUGUUUUGUAUUUCUGUAUUAUUUUGAGCAAGAAAAAUCUCAGUAUUACUAAUUCAAGAAUAACUGCUGAUUAUUACAUAUACCUACAUUUUUUGUGACUAAUGGGUGUAUACAAAUCUAAUCAAAAGAAAAGUGUUGGAAAAGGGAAGUUUUUCUAGAAACGUGUGCUUGUGUUGGAGGAAGUAGGCUAACAUGAUAUUUUUUUUUCCAUUAGAGGAAAUGUGUUCCAAGUUAGUAAGACUUAAUAUUCACUUUAAUUGGGAUUUUUGGAGGUAGAAUCUAUGUUCAUUUAACAUUAGUCUUCUGAACAUUUCUCAAUUAUUUAACACCUAAAAUUAUGAAAUUUUG